AUGAAUCGCCUAGUUGUGUUCUUGGCCAUUCUUGCACUGGUUUUUGGGUUGGCCGAGGCCAAGAAGGGCAAGGGAGAUCAUACACCCUCAUGCACAACUGUGAUCAAUGACCUGCAACCCUGUUUUCUUUACUUGAUGGGUAUUGAAAAAUCCCCUGAUGAGAUUUGCUGCAAAGGAGUCAAGAAGCUAGCCAAAUACGCGAAGAAGAAGAAAGCUCGCAAGGCUAUCUGUGAGUGUGCGAAGUCCAAAGCGGCCACGUUUGGAUCGAUCGAUCUCUCUCGAGUCUCUAAGCUUCCCAAAGAAUGUGGGGGUUUAGCUAGGGAUUGUAAGUUGCGAGUUGUGAGAAACAAUGCUGUGGAGAGACGUGAUGAUGAUGAUGAAUAA